AUGUCGUCGUCCACUAAUAAGAACAGGAAGAUGGUCCGCCUCCACUCGUCGGACGGCGAGGAGUUCGAGGUGGCGGAGGAGGCCAUCGGCGGCGCGUCGGCGAUCAUCAAGGGCAUGCUGGAGGAGGAGGAGGACUCGAUGGUGGCCACCAACAAGGUGAUCCCGCUGCCCGUCACCGGCCCCAUCCUCUCGCGCGUGCUCGAGUACGUCAACCGGCACUCCGACGAGGACGGCGCCCUGUACCGCGACGCCCCCACCGCCGACGACCCCCUGCGGCGCUUCGACGACCAGUUUGUGCAGGUGGACCAGGACACGCUCUUCGACCUCAUGGCGGCGGCCAACUAUCUGGAGAUGCAGGGGCUCCUGGACCUCACAUGCCGGACGGUGGCGGACCAGAUGCUGGGCAAGACCACCGACGAGAUCCGCACGCACUUCUACAUCCACAAUGACUACACCGCCGACGAGGAGGAGGAGGUCCGUAGGGAGAACUCGUGGUGCUGGGAGUAG